AGAGCGCCCACAGCCACUGCACACAGCAGUGAUGGAGUCACUGAUUUUAGGCAAUCUGGCUUUUAAAUUUUUUUCAAAUUAGGGAGCAAAAAUGGUAUUUAUCACCUUGAAGCGGAGACAGCGAAUGCUGAUAGAGGACUUGAAAGAACACGUGGAUUAGAUCUAGAAACAGAAGCUCCAUCUAAUCAGUGCGUUAUGCCAGGGCUUGCAGACCAUCUUUCCACUCCACCCAAGCUCGUGGUCAAUGGAGCUUAGUUAAGAAUGGCCAUUAAGAACAUGUCUUGCCGAGACAUUUAAUCUUCUUGGAACAAUUCUGCCUAAGGAAUCACCAGCACAGAACCAUGGAAGUCCAUGAAUUGUUCCGGUAUUUUCGGAUGCCAGAGCUGAUUGACAUCCGGCAGUAUGUGCGUACGCUUCCAACCAACACACUCAUGGGCUUUGGAGCUUUUGCCGCGCUCACCACUUUCUGGUACGCCACGAGACCUAAGGCUCUGAAGCCACCCUGUGACCUCUCCAUGCAAUCUGUGGAAGUAGCGGGUACUGAUGGUGCUCGAAGAUCAGCGCUCCUCGACAAUGACAAGCUCUUGGUGUAUAUCUACGAUGAUGUCAGAACAUUGUACGAAGGCUUCCAGAGGGGCCUUCAGGUGUCAAACAAUGGCCCUUGCUUAGGUUCUAGAAAGCCAAACCAGCCCUAUGAAUGGAUUUCCUACAAGCAGGUUGAAGAACUGGCUGAGUGCAUAGGCUCCGCGCUGAUCCAGAAGGGGUUCAAGGCCUCCCCAGAGCAGUUCAUCGGCAUCUUUUCUCAAAAUAGACCUGAGUGGGUGAUCAUCGAGCAGGGAUGCUUUACUUACUCGAUGGUGAUUGUUCCACUCUACGAUACCCUUGGAACCGAAGCCAUCACCUACAUAGUGAACAAAGCUGAGCUCUCUGUGAUUUUCGCUGACAAUCCAGAAAAGGCCAAACUCUUGUUAGAAGGUGUAGAAAAUAAGCUAACUCCUUGCCUUAAAAUCAUUGUCAUCAUGGACUCCUUCGGCACUGAUCUAGUGGAACGAGGCAAAAAGUGUGGGGUGGAAGUCAUCAGCCUGAAGGCCCUAGAGGACCUUGGAAGAGUGAACAGAAAGAAGCCCAAGCCUCCAGUACCAGAAGAUCUUGCAGUGAUUUGUUUCACAAGUGGAACUACAGGCAACCCCAAAGGAGCAAUGAUCACUCACCAAAACAUCAUUAGUGACUGUUCAGCUUUUGUGAAAUCGACACAGAGUGCAUUCGCUGCUUCCCCGGAUGAUACUCUGAUCUCUUUCUUGCCUCUCGCCCAUAUGUUUGAGAAGGUUGUAGAGUGUGUAAUGCUAUGUCAUGGAGCUAAGAUAGGAUUUUUCCAAGGAGAUAUCAGGCUUCUGAUGGAGGACCUCCAGGUGCUUCAGCCCACUAUCUUCCCUGUGGUCCCAAGGCUGCUGAACCGGAUGUUUGACAGAAUCUUUGGACAAGCAAACACCACAGUGAAGCGAUGGCUCUUGGACUUCGCCUCCAAAAGGAAAGAGGCAGAGCUUCGCAGCGGCGUCAUCAGAAACAACAGCCUGUGGGAUAAACUCAUCUUUCACAAGAUACAGUCAAGCCUGGGUGGGAAAGUCCGGCUGAUGGUCACGGGAGCGGCUCCGGUAUCCGCCACGGUGCUGACGUUUCUGAGGGCAGCUCUCGGCUGUCAGUUCUAUGAAGGCUAUGGACAGACUGAGUGCACUGCUGGUUGCUCCCUGAGCAUGCCUGGGGACUGGACGGCAGGCCAUGUCGGUGCCCCCAUGCCUUGCAAUUAUAUAAAACUUGUCGAUGUGGAAGAAAUGAAUUACAUGGCUGCCAAGGGUGAGGGUGAGGUGUGUGUGAAAGGGGCAAAUGUGUUCAAAGGCUACUUGAAGGACCCAGCAAAAACAGCAGAAGCCCUGGAUAAAGAUGGCUGGUUACACACGGGAGACAUUGGGAAGUGGCUACCAAAUGGCACCUUGAAGAUUAUCGACAGGAAGAAGCACAUAUUUAAACUAGCCCAGGGAGAGUACAUAGCACCAGAAAAGAUUGAGAAUAUCUACCUGCGAAGCGAAGCCGUGGCCCAGGUGUUUGUGCAUGGAGAAAGCUUGCAGGCAUUUCUCAUAGCUGUUGUGGUACCAGAUGCUGAGAACCUGGGUUCCUGGGCCUCCAAGAGGGGAUUUCAAGGCUCAUUUGAGGAGCUGUGCAGAAAUAAGGAUGUCCAGAAGGCUAUCCUGGAAGACAUGGUGAAACUCGGGAAGGAAGCUGGUCUAAAGCCUUUUGAGCAGGUCAAAGGCAUUGCUAUACACACGGAAUUAUUUUCUACUGACAAUGGCCUUCUGACUCCAACACUGAAGGCAAAAAGGCCAGAGCUACGGAACUAUUUCAGGUCACAGAUAGAUGAAAUGUAUUCCACCAUCAAGAUUUAAUGGGAAGACGACAACUUGGAAGAAUCGGCACAUCUCCACAAUCCUCCUUGUACCAAUGGCCUUCGCAUUGGUAACUUCGCCUGCAGCAAGUGUAGGAAAGGAAAUGGCCAUGAUGGACUUGUCCGCGGGGUCUUACCAUAGGGAUAUUAGAGGGCACGGAACACUGCCUUACAGCCACGUGUGUUGCAGCCCAUGACCCUGGUGAUACACGAUUUCCAAAACGAGCCUUAAAUAUUGUAAAGGGGAACCCAUAAAAGUGCUAAGUUAUUUAAGAUUUCCUCAGCCGCUAAGGUGGGGUGUUAAAACUUCUGUCUCCUGUCUUUCUCACCGAGGGGUUAGGACUUUGUUCUCUCUGAUGUGUCUGCCCCUUGCUGCUCGUGCCGCAGCCGUCUGCUGCUCUCGAGAGUACAGUGCACUGGAGGAGUACGAACAGGUGUCCAAGGCUGAAGCCAGUCGCCGUGGACCACAGAUUUCUCUUUUUAAAUCCCUUCCCCCUCCACUCCUCCACCUCAUACACAAUACACUCACACAACCCUUCUUAUUUGUAAGGGUUCCAAACGGUCCCUGCUGUGCCUGCUGGGACACAAGGUUCCCAGCAAACUAAAAGACUCAGUCCUCCUCAGAACAAUGCUGGCGCCCAGUCUCAGAAAAAAGAAAA